AUGAGUGGACUAAAGAAAUACUCAUUCACAGGCGAGGCCUAUCAGCCUCAAGAAGAAUUAUACUUCAAUGAUGGAAGGGAAAUCGAAUUGCUUCAUUUCAUUUACGACCAUGCGUCCCUUGAAGAAAUGAGAGGAAAACCACAACGAGUUCUAGACGCAAUUGACGAAUUUGGGAAAACCAGAAAAUAUCUUAUGAAUAUUGGCGAAUAUAAAGCGAAGGCAAUCACGAAGUUAAUAAAAGAUGAAAACCCACGAGUUAUCGUCGAACUAGGUGGCUAUGUCGGAUAUUCAGCCAUCGCAUUCGGUGCAGCGUUAAAAGGUGUCGGAGGCCAGCGAUACUACAGUUUGGAGAUGAACCCCGAAUUUGCCGCCGUAAUGUCCGUACUUGUCGACCUAGCAGGACUUAGCAAUGUCGUCAAGGUCAUCGUUGGUCCUAGUUCCAAUUCUCUAGAACGUUUGGUCAAGGAGGAUACGUUAAAGCAUAUCGACCUUCUAUUCCUCGAUCAUUAUAAACCUGCAUAUACUACCGAUUUAAAACUCUGCGAAGAGCUCGGGCUAGUGUCAGUUGGUUCUAUAUAUGCUGCGGACAAUGUGGUCAAACCUGGCAACCCAUUAUAUCUAGAAUAUGUACGAAGCACGGUGCAUGAGAAAAGGCGAAAGGCUUCCGACUAUGAUCAAACCGGGCCCAAGGGGAACCCAAAUUUGAUAUACGAUAGCCAUUUUAUAGAAGGUUGGGAACCCAGUGGCGUACCCGAUGCGAUAGAAAUCACGAGGUGCGUUGGAGUACAGACAUGA